AUGAAAGUCCCUUUAGGAUUCAACACUAUGACGGUAAGUCGUGUUAUGUAUAAGGUGUUUUUUUAGCCUAUUUCUAUACAGUUGCUAGGGGGAUCCAGGUUAUUAUAAGUGUAACAGAAUGAUCAAUAGUAAAUCAUUCAUCACUAAUAUCAGAAACACCUUUAAGACCCAGAGGAUUACGGUGUUGUGAUUGUUAUGAGACAGAAAGGAUGCUGCUUGUGAGGUACUCCACUUGUGUGUGUGUGUGGGAAUGAGAGGGAUGAAAAUACCCAUGAGGCCAUAGAAAUGUGUGUGCAGGAGAGCUGUGAGAGUAUCUCAGCUUGAUCCUCGUGUCUUUUAUCUGCUCUUUGAUGCAGGCUCUUGAAAAACUUCAGCUGUCUUUUGGAGACGUGCACAGAGAGUUGGAGCUUAAAGCAGAGGCUAGCGUGUGGAAAACGCGAGACUCGAUGUUAAAUGAGUGGUGAACUCACCUUUAUGUUCGUCCAGUCUUCUCAGGAACACCGAAAGGGAAAAUAUUAAAGAAUAGUUGCACAUCUCUUGACAAUCAAGUGGAUUCAAAAACAGUAUUGGUCUCAAGGCUUGGUAGUCAAGGCUAUAUGUUGCUAGUCAUAGCUGGGGGAACGGUAUCUGACAAUGGAGAAUGUUGCUGUCAGAUACCGUUCCCCCUCUGUUCCAUUGGAUAGAAAGUUUAUACUUGUCUCACAUUAACUCUGCUGACUUUAACACCAAAACAAACAGGCCUGAUUUCACUAAAUUUUCUAUCAAAGCAGGAGAACGUAUCCUGACAACUAAGAAUGUUGCUGUCAGAUAAGGCUCCCCGCGUAACACCUUUUGCUGCACCCUGGUCAUCAUUAAUUGUUAUAGUAUGGUUAAACAUUCUGCUGGCCGGCAUGACCCCGUUCUACUUCCACCUGGUGAACGUGUGUCUGCACUGCACGGUGACAGCACUGCUCAUGCACACCUGUGAACUGUGUGUGUUUGACGACAGCCGCCUGUCCUUCCUCACCGCCCUCCUCUUCUCAGCGCACCCCAUUCACACAGAAGCGGUGUCUGGGAUCGUGGGGAGAGCUGAUGUGUUAGCCAGCAUGUUAUUCCUUCUGGCCUUUCUCUCCUAUAUUAGGAGUGUGUCAGCAGGCGGAAGGGCGGACGUUUUCCCCCCCACAGUUUCUGUCCCGUCGCUGUCUCUCAGUCUGUUGCUGGGCACCUGCGCCAUGCUGGUGAAAGAGACGGGCAUCACGGUUUUUGGUGUCUGCGUCCUCUACGAUUUCCUGGUGAUCUGCCGUAAACCUCUCGUCUCGCACUUGUCACACUCCAGGUUGAAGGCGCUCGUGAGAGAAUCUUCUCCGUUCAUCAAGCGCGCCUGUGUCGUCUCAUUACACGUCAUCGUCAUCAUGUCUAUUCGCUUGUGGUUGAUGGGUGGCUCCAUGCCACUGUUUUCAGAGCAAGACAAUCCUGCAUCUUUCUCUCCGUACCUGCUGACAAGGUUUCUCACGUACUGUUAUCUGCUCGCCUUCAACGCCUGCCUCUUACUGGCCCCCAUAGUGCUUUGCUACGACUGGCAGGUGGGAAGUAUUCCUCUGGUUGAAUCUCUGUGGGACGGACGGAAUAUUGCAUCUCUGCUUCUGGCUCUGGUGAUGCUGGCACUGAGCAUGACCUGUGUUACACAUCUGCAGAAGAUGGAAGGAAAGGAGGUGUUAGUAGGCGUGCUGUUCCUGGUCUUUCCCUUCAUCCCAGCCAGUAAUCUCUUCUUCCGUGUGGGAUUUGUGGUGGCGGAAAGAGUUCUCUACAUGCCCAGUAUGGGCUACUGUGUUCUGGUGGUUCAUGGACUGAACAGACUGUAUUCAGUGGUCAGUCGAUGGGGUGCAGCCGCGCUUACAGUGUCCGUGCUGGUUGUUCUUCUUCUCUUGUCCUGGAAGACGGUCCAACAGAAUGAGAUCUGGCUCUCCAGAGAAGCCCUGUUCAGGUCCGGCAUUCAGACUUUACCUCACAAUGCUAAAGUUCAUUACAACUACGCCAACUUCCUGAAGGACAGAGGCAGAAACCAAGAAGCCAUUCACCACUAUAAAUCUGCCCUCGGUCUGUACCCACGACAUGCCAGCGCUCUGAAUAAUCUGGGCACCCUGACUCACCAGGCUGAGGAGGCUGAAAUGUAUUACAGGAAAGCGCUGGACAUUAACCCUCAACACAACAGAGCUCUGUUCAACCUGGGCAACCUCCUCAAGUCUCAGGGGAAGGAGGAGGAGGCUGAGAGGAUGUUACAGGAAUCAAUUUGGUUCGGUCCACAUUUCGCUGAUGCCUACUCCAGCCUCGCCUCUCUGUAUGCUGACCAGGUCUCUCUUUCCCCCUCUCAGGGGCGUUCAAAAGAAGCAAAUGAGAUUUACACAAAGGGUAUUGAGAACUGCCCGGAGAGUUCUGACCUCCAUAAUAACUACGGUGUGUUCCUGGUGGACACUGGUCACGGGGACCGUGCUGCAUUUCAUUACCAGGAAGCUGUCCGUCUGAAGCCAGCUCACUAUGUUGCCAUGGUGAACCUGGGCCGCCUUCUUCGCUCCUCCAAUGACAAUGAAGAAGCAGAGUUAUGGUACAAAAGGGCCCUGCAGGUGGUCCGUAAGGUGGAGAUCUUGACCCCUCUGGGUGCUUUAUACUAUAACACGGGUAGAUAUGAAGAAGCGCUGGAGGUUUACAGAGAAGCAGCCACGCUUCAGCCGGACAGCACUGAUAUCUGGCUCGCUCUGGCGCAGGUUUUAGCCAUGGCGGGCCGCUCUACAGAGGCAGAGAAGAUGACCCUGGGCAUCAUUUCAAAGACGGGCGACUGCAUUGAAUGUUACCGCUUGUUGUCCGCCAUCUACAGCAAACAAGGCAACCACACUGAGGCCUUGGAUGCUUUGAAAAAAGCCCUGCGGCAGGAGCCGUUAGACGCUGCGGUGCGGGCAGAGCUGCAUUUCUCCGUGGGCAACCAGCUCAGAGAGAUGAACGAUCUUGACCAGGCCUUCCAGAGUUACAAGCUUGCUGUUGAACUCAAACCCGACCAGUCGCAAGCGUGGAUGAACAUGGGCGGCAUUCAGCACAUCAAGGGAGACUAUGCAGCAGCGAGAAUGUACUACCAAAGAGCCCUUCUACUUUCACCCGGUUCCAAACUGCUAAAAGAGAAUCUGGCCAAGCUGGACAGACUUGAGAAAAAACUACAAGGGACGUAAAACAACGGCGUGACUUGAGCUGUCGGCUGAAUCACAGAAGAGCAGUGACCAAGAGAGAUGGGUGGGCGUGGGACAAUGCAAACUACAGCUUUCAAGACUCAGGAGUUGAUAAAUGGCCUCCGUGCUUUACAAGAGGGGGUCUUAAAUUGAACUAAUCCAAAUAGCCUCUCCAUCCAGGAAUGGACCGUGCCGUUACCUCUGACCUCAGCGCAUCUUACAGAACCAUAUUUCAGGAGUCCUCACCAGUGUCCAUGCGUGUCGUACCCAAAGCCAUUUUACACUUUACAGGUCGGAUGGCGAGAGCAUUUCUGAGACUUGACUGCAGAUGGAAGGGUCCACUUUAGAUAAUGGGCCGUCAGACCUUUAUACAGAAGAUCCGUCUCCGAGGCCUUUUUCUGGGAUCCGAAGGCAGAGCCGUAGCUGUUCCACCCGAGCGCCGGAGCUCGAUCCGCUUGACUGAUUGCGAAGCCUCGAAAAGCAUUUCAGACAAAAUGUUGUUAGAGAUGACUGGUGCUUCUGUUGUGUUCCAUGAACAUGGAAGAAAUCCGUGGGUGGUCUGCGUUCUUCCAAUUGUUUUGUUUCAUGUUGGAAGUGUUUACGAGUGAUUUAAAUGAAGGAAAACGUGACAGCAUGUUUUAUCAUGUGCUUUAUUUUGUCUUUAUUAUACAUGCUAUCAUUGUGGAAUGUAUCGUGGACUAAAGGCAUAUUGACCUGUGCAGUGCAUUACAUAUCAAGAACCCUCAUAAGCUGUUAUACUGAUGACGCUUAAAAUUCUAAUGAUGAACAUCGUAUCCUUGAACUAGGUCACCAUGUGAUUAAAUAGAUUUGAGUCUUUUUAAGUGGUGGCCUGGAUUUGUCAUGCGGUACCCUCGAUUAUACCGUAAUCUUUGCACUUACGUUCGGUUGCCAUAGGAACUGUCAUCAAGAACAUUUCUUGAAUUCAGCAGCCGUGCUAAACAUGUCAAUGUGAAGCGAUGUAUCAUUAUUUAAUAAAUAUCAUCUAGUAUCUCUAAA